UUUACCACGAACGGCGUAACCUGAAAUUCUGGGUAGCAGCAGAGAGCGGGUGAAAGCGAAAGGGGCGGGACGGCCAAUUGCAGUAAUCGCUUGCAUAUGCUGCGUCUUCCCUUUUCUUCUCCUUCGUCUUCUGCUUUUGUCAUUGCUUCAAGUGCUAAAGCAGAGGGACGGGGUUACUGCGGAGGCAACUGACUUCAGACGACCCAAAAAAGGGAAAGAGCUUCUGUUUCUUCUUCCCGUCUCCAUCGGCACACCCUCUCCUCUACCGGGCUCCGGGGUUUCGCCGGUGAAUGGUUCCUUUUCCCCUUUAUUUCAUUGUUCUUUUUCUGUUUCCUGGAUUCCUUUUCCUUUUUAUCUGAUUCCAUUGUUCUUCCUCGUCGUCUUCUUCUCUGGUGAGUCGCUGCUGCUUCAUUUCUUUCCUUUGUCGGUCGACCUCUUCUCCCCUUCACAAAAUUUUCUUUUCCUUGCUCUUGUUUUCUGGAGGGGGGAAACCUAUUCGUGUGUCUGUCGUGUGUGAGAGAGAAUUUUCUUUAAUUUCCAUUAUUUUUCUCUCUCUUACUGUCGAGCUGGACGGAGAUCGGCAGGAUAAGGUAACAAGAAGAAAAAACAAAACAUGGAAAGCGAUAAAGUUCGGUUGGUUUGGAAGAUGCAGUUGGGGGAAAAGGCGGGAAUUCCGUGACUUCUUUAACGCCUUCCCUGGGUGCUGCUUUUGUCGCAAAAGAAAUUUCUUUCUGCUAAAAGGAAGGAAGGACGAAUCAAGUGCAGUUUUUCUCUUGUUUUUUUUCCUAUAUUCAUCAGUCGCGUUCUCCGACGAAAGCGGAAUACAGAAAACGCGUUCGAUUUCUCCAUAUCCCUCAUAAACAAAUUCAUAGAUCAGGGUUGCGCCAUGGAUUUCCUUGACCCUGGGGCCUCGGCCACGGGCCUGACGCGCUAUCGCUCAGCAACCAGCGCGCUCCUCGCCGGCCACCUCGCCGAAGCCGUGGGCGAGGAGAUCUCGACGGCGACGGAAAACACUUUCGCGAAGUUAAUCCCCGAUCGCGAUCCGACGUGCCUCACCUCCGAGUUGAUUGAUUUCCGGCCGACAGUCUUCGGGAACAAGGAAGUGUCGUCCCAGCACCAGCAGGACGGCCAUCCCGCUACGACGUGCUCCUCGUCCAUGCUUUACCGGACGUUAUCGGGGAACCGUGGAGACGUACCGGCGACAUGCGGGGAAGGACUGAGCUGCCUCGGCGUCAACACCGCCGUUAGAAGUAACGGCGGCGUGCUCCUGAGACAUAGCAGUUCUCCUGCCGGCUUCUUCUCGCACCUGACGGUCGAUAACGGGUACUCCGUGAUGAGCAACGUGGGGAGUUUCAGCAGUGGGAACGCGUCGAACGGCGAGACGGCGUCAGCGUCGGCGGCUGCGGCGGCGAGUCGGUUGAAGCAGCAGCUGAGCUUCCAGAGGCAUGCGUCGUCGACUCGGCGGAUGCCUCGGAUACCUGAGAUGAGUUGCGAUACCGACGAGACCGCCGGCAUCUCGGGAAACACCAGGUUGGUAGAUGGAAGCGAGGAUCGGUGCGGUUACCUCUCAGGCUUCCCCAUCGGUUUGUUCGAUGACUCACGGAUCAGUCCGGAGAAGAUUAUGUCCGACUCCACUGCGUCACAUACACAGAAGGUCGGAUCGGUGAGCGGGCACUUCCCCCCUCCUCUUAGCCAUCAGUUCAGUCUGCCAAGGACUUCGGCGGAGAUGGCCGCGCUGGAACAGUAUUUUCUGGAGCAGGACUCCCCGCAAUUCAAGGUUCGGGCCAAGCGCGGAUGUGCUACUCACCCUCGAAGCAUUGCGGAACGGGUCAGGAGAACACGCAUAAGUCAGCGAAUGAGGAAGCUGCAAGAGCUUGUGCCAAACAUGGAAAAGCAAACGAACACUGCGGACAUGCUGGAGCUGGCGGUUGACUAUAUCAAGGAGCUUCGGCAAAAGAUCCAGGCACUUUCCAGAAGUCGAUCAACAUGCACAUGUGGCAGCGCACAGAAUACAUACUGAAGCUCUGGACUAUAAAUUUCUACAUGUAGCAAAAGGCUUUAAAGAAAAAGAAAGUCAAAUUAUUCUCUUUACUUUGAUGGACUAUUAGCCAUUUGUGACGACAGAGUAGCUGGAUUUUAUUUAUGGACCAGAGAAGAAGAAAGAGACAAGUGAGAGUGGAAAUCAGACCUCUUCAGAGUCUGGCAAUUCGAAUCAGGAUGGCUGACUUAUUGCACAGCUGCCAAUAGAAUACAUGUAUGAUAACAUUCUGAUAACUAUGUAAACUUCAUUUCCUUUUUCUCUCUACUUAGACUUUAACAUAGCAUUAGGGUUUUGUUGUGCUCAUCUGUGCUAUCAUCAAUAAUGCUUCGAAGGAUCUUGUUAAUUUGUGAAAUACAAGUGUAGAUUUUUGUUAAUAAUGCAAGAGUGA